UGAUAUCAUUUAAAUUGUGCGGACGCGUUUCUAAGUGACACCAUCUGUGCACUUCUUGAAGCAAAAACUGAACGUGUCCAUAAUGAAGUUUUGUUUUGUCACAUUCCUCUCUUUAUUCUUAACAAGAGGGACUCUGCAAACUUGUCUUGUCACGAAUUUUAUAACAGGCAUACGCAUCUAUGGAAUGCCGCAAAGAGACAAAUGCAUUCAGUGUCAGAACGAAGUUAUUUCCUCCGAACUAACUGCAAAAGUAAAAUCACUUGUUGACAACUGGAGAGCAAAGCGCUUAGAAAUCACUGAUACCAACAGUCCUGACGUACCUGCAGGUGUUUUCAACGGACUUUACUACCUCCAAGCAUUAUGUAUUAACAACGCCAGUGUGGAAACUAUCCAACCGGAAGCCUUCACUGGACUGAAUUUUUUGUCGCAACUGUCGUUAAAAUCCAACAAAAUUGAAUUUGUGGAGGAAGAUUGGUUUGCAAACUUAACUGUGCUGGAAGAUUUAGAUUUGAGUUUUAAUAAGAUUGCAAGUAUUCACAACAAAACUUUCGAUAGUUUAACACAACUGCGUGUACUUUCAUUGCGGAAUAAUUUUCUCACUGAAUUACCACCUGACUUGUUUAAGGGCCAGAAUCUGAGACUGCAAGUUUUAGAUCUGUCGUUUAACAAGUUGACAACGAUCGAAAAUAAGUUAGUUUCAGGACUCAAAGUUUUGGAGGUUUUUUACUUAAAUAAUAACAACUUAAUGAGUUUGGAUGGAGUGUUUGACAACAUGCAAAGAUUGAAAAAUAUCCACAUCCAUAAUAAUAAAUUGCAAACUCUAAACAACCUCACUUUACCACCGACAAUUUCGCUUCUAAAUGCAAGCCACAAUUUGAUCAUGUCCAUGAGUUUUUCUAACCAAGUUGUAAUUGAUUUUUUAGACCUUGCCACAAACGGUCUCGUGUCUGCUGAGAGUUUAAUAUUUGAAAAUGGUACAAUUAAGCAAUUAAUCUUAGACAAUAAUUAUCUAGGAAUACAUCCACUGGAAAAUUCCGAUUUUUUCCGGGAUCUCGUAGCAAUAGAAAGUCUAUCACUCGCUAACAAUAAUUUUCACCAACUUAAUCGAAAUGCCUUUAUACGUAAUCAGGAUUUAACUAAUUUGAACCUCACCGGGAACUCCUUAUCUAACAGUGACUUUUUAAGGUUGCUCCCUAAAUUAGAAUACUUGAAUCUUGCGUUCAAUAACUUUGAUUCAAGUAUAAACCUUACCGUUUUAACGAAACUAAAAGAAAUCAAUUUAAGUUUUAAUAAUUUGACACAAAUCUCGUUCAACUUGCUGGCAGCCCAAAAAUAUUUGCAAACUUUGAACCUAAGUCACAACAAAAUUGAAAAAGUUGGUUUAGGCUGUUUUAGGAAUCUGGGAAAUGCGCUAGAACUCGACCUUUCACACAACAAAAUUUCGUGUUUACAUGUGGGUGUUUUUUCAGGAUUGCUUUAUUUAAGAGAACUGGACUUGUCUAAUAAUCAGUUAGUUCAGUUGAAGGAUGGAGUUUUCCACAGUUUGACCCUUUUAAAUAUUCUCAAUUUAAGAAACACUACAGUUAGAUACACAGAUGUUGAAAACAUAGUAGCGCAUUCUCCCUCGAUUAUAGUUGUAGAUUUAGCUGAAAAUAACUGGCCCUGUUCUGAUUUAAUAAAAUUUACAAGAAAGUAUAAGUCAGUGAGACUUGUAGAUACGGCUGAUUAUAACACAACUAAUGUUAAUGGAGUUGCGUGCAAUUAUGGAGUUGAAGACGUUAAAGAUUUGGUUAAUUUAGAAGCAAAGAACUUUACUGAAUUCGAUACACAUUUUAGUACAACAAACACGUUGUUAAUUUUUAUAUUUAUUAUUUUGCUAGUACAGGUUGUUCUAAAACAUAUCCCGUUAAAGCUUAGAACAAACAAAUUGAAAAAUCUUAAUCAAAAACACAAAAAUGAACAAGAAAUGCAGCUAGUUGAUUGUUAAUG